AUGGCCAAAAGGACUGAAAAAGCUGAAAGCAGCGUUCUUUCAAAAAAGGAACAAAGAAAACUGAAGAAACAGCAAGAAUACGAGGAAGGAGAGUCAGAGGUCAGUAGUAACAGCAGUGACAUCGAGGACAUCGAAGCCAGAUUGGAUCUAGACAGAUUGGCCCAAUCAGCUAGUGAAGCUGAAUUAUCCUCCGAUGAUGAUGAUGACGAUGUCUUUGACGAUGCCACUGAACAUUUAGACGACGAUGAAGAGGCUGAAGCUGGGACUGGAGAGGACGAAGAAGAGGAAAAAGAUGUUCCAUUGUCUGACGUUGAGUUUGACUCUGAUGCUGACAUUGUUCCCUACACUAAAGUGACUAUUAAUAACCAAGCUGCACUCAAGGAAUCCUUGGCCAGAAUCCAAUUGCCAUGGGAUACCUGCAAGUUUGACGAACAUCAAUCUAUAACGUCAGACGAGCCAACUGCCUCUCAAGUGACUGACAUUUACGAUGACACUGAAAGAGAGCUUGCAUUUUAUAAACAGGCAAUCAACGCAGUUCUGGAAGGUAGAAGCAAGAUUUUAAAGCUGAAAAUUCCUUUCUCAAGACCUCUAGAUUACUUUGCCGAAAUGAUCAAAUCGGAUGAACACAUGGACAAAUUGAAAUCGAAGCUGGUGGAAGAGGCUUCUGAAAAGAAGGCCCGAGAGGACGCAAGAAAGCAAAGACAACUCAAGAAGUUUGGUAAACAGGUGCAAAAUGAGACUUUACAAAGUCGUCAAAAGGAAAAGAAAGAAACUUUGGACAAAAUCAAGUCCCUCAAACGUAAAAGAAAAGACCAAGAACUUGGAGAUGAUGAUUUUGCCAUUGCCCUGGAAGAAGCUGCUGCUACUAAUGAAGAAAGACACGAUAGACAUAAGCCUAACGGUAAGAGAUUGGCAAAGAACAGCAAGUACGGUCAAGGAGGUAUGAAGAGAUUCAAGAGAAAGAAUGACGCUGAAAGUAGCGCUGAUCUCUCUGAGUAUGACAGACGUAAGGGCGGUGGACCUGGUAAGAGUAACUACGCAAAACCUAGACCCGGCAAAAGCAAGAGAAGGCAGAAUAAUCGUCAUUAG